AUGGGAGACCUCACAGCAGCUUUUGCUAACGCCGAGCUCACCCCGAGUGUGAUACAGAAUGCUCCGCAGAAAAAGCUACACCUAGUUUGGGAUGGGAUACAAGUAGAACCGGGAAUGACGAUGUCGACGAGAAAUCUCAAGAAUGCUCCUCGGUUUCAUCUUCCUGGAGCUGAUCCGGAGAGCACAUUCUCACUCGUCAUGAUUGAUCCAGACAAUCUUUCAAGGAAAAAUCCGUCGGUCGCCGAAUGGCUUCAUUGGCUUGUGUGUAACAUACCAGCCAGUAAUGUCAUCGAAGGGAUUAACGGCGGUCAACAUCAGAUGCCCUACGGAUCACCAGCUCCACAGCCGAGAACAGACGUCCAUAGAUAUGUCAUACUAAUGUGGGAACAUCAAGGAAGACGUAUAAACGUCCCAAAACCAUCAACCAGAGCCAAGUUUAAUGUGAAGCAGUUCAUUGAAAAGAAUAAACUAGGUGAGUUCUCUACAUCAUCUCUUAGGAAACAAGGAGCGAAAAGAUGA